UAACAGCUAUUUUUACAUCAUUUAUUUAGUACCUACAAAUUUAAUCUUACCUGAUACUUUAGUUAAGAUAAACAUGUAUUUAUAUCAACGUUUAAACAUUAUUUACCUAUAUAUGUUAAGUGCUGUCUAUUUAAAAAAUAUCAUUGUCAAGUGAAUAUUUUAAACAAACCGAGUCAUAACGUAUAGGACGUGUGAGAUAGAUAAUAACAGAUUAUCAGUAUUUCGGAUAGGGCUUAUCAGUCCGGACACGGCGGUGUAUCGAGUAGUAGUAGAUUAGAUACCACCAAAAUCAUGUUGCAGGCAACAUGGCAUAUUGUAUCUAAAAACUUCACUCGAUUAAUAAUUCUAGUCAUCCUAAUCUACAUUAUUUGGUUAUUUAGUACUUACAAUUCGAAGCUGUAUGCUUUACGGUCAGAAAGAAAGGAUAUGUCGUACCUGAAUCAUAGAAAUAUGAAAUACAUUCUGCAAUGGACAAGGAGAUUCAGCGCACCGUUCGACUUCAUGGGGGAAGGGAAUUCUGCGUUUGUUAAGAACAAGUGUAAAUUCACCAACUGCUAUGUGACAGACAACAGCUGGCACUUCUUGAAUCACUCGGAUUUUGACGCGAUCGCAUUCAAUGGCCGGGAUGUGAUUCAUCUGUGGCCGUUUCAAAUGCCGAAGAAUCGAACGCCGAGACAGAAAUACAUUUUCGGUGCAAUGGAAUCCCCGGAUAAUUUUCCAGCGUGCGAUGAGAACCUCGAUGGAUUUUUUAACUGGACAUGGACCUACAAACUCGAUUCGGAUUUUCGUUGGGGAUACAUAACAAUUUACGAUUUGAAAGGCAACGUGGUCGGUCCCGCUAUCGAUAUGAAAUGGAAGAAUGAUAUGGAGCCAAUUAGCGAAGCUUUGAAAGUGGAGUUGUCGAGUAAAUCGAAGGCUGCUGCGUGGUUCGUUUCGCAUUGUUCUACUAAAAGUGGAAGGGAGUUUUUUGUUAAAGAAGUUCAAAAGGAAUUAAGUCCAUACGGAUGGACAGUCGAUGUGUACGGUGCAUGUGGUCAGUUUCAAUGUCCUCGAUCGAAAAAGGACUCGUGUUUUGAAUUGGUCGAAAAGGAUUAUUAUUUUUAUUUUUCUUUGGAAAAUUCUUUUUCCGAGGACUAUGUGACGGAAAAACUUUUGACCGCCUUACAACAUUCUGCAAUUCCUGUCGUUUACGGCGCAGCUAAUUAUUCCAGAUUUCUACCUCCGGGCAGCUAUCUAGAUGGCAGAGACCUUGGACCGAAGGAGCUGGCUCGGCGAAUGAGCGAAAUAAUUGGAAACCAAUCGAUGUACUACGAUUACUUCAGAUGGAGGAAUCAUUACGUGUACAGAGAAACUUCUGAUAACGAUGAUAUCUGCAAGCUGUGUGAGAUGAUGAACGAUGACGCGAAGCUAUCUGAAACAAGUGUAUGGAAAGAUUUUAGGAAAUGGUGGAAUGGAGCUCGGUACGACUAUAAUUGUAAAAAAUGAAUUUGUGUGAUAUUAAAUUGAAACGGAAAAAGUGUGCGGAACUUUUCCAUAUAAGAUACUUCAAGUCUGAUCAGCUCUUUGUGUCCGUGAAAUUCGGGUUACAUAACGAUAGCUGUCUUAAUGUAAAAUGUAAGGUUACAAAAGUAUCAUUGAUCUAUUAUUUUUAUUAAAUGUCAACAAACAAUCUGUGAAAUGGAUUUAUUUACUCUGUGACGGACGGGAUAGAUGACGGUUCAUUGAAUAAAUUAUCUCCACGAAAACAAGAACGAUGUAUCGAAUUCCGAACGAAUAUAAAUAAUGACAAAUAAUAUUUCAAAAUGUAAUUUUACCUUUACGAUGUUUUUGUUUGUUAUGUUUUAAUGUUGUAGAUAUAUUUGUGAUUUUGACUGUCCUAUCAAAUAACGAACAAACCAGCUGUUGAGUUGGAAACCUGGGUCGGGCCAAUAAAAAGCUGUCGAGUUUUUCGCUUUGGAAAUUCUUAGUAGCACCUCUGAGUCAGGUUAGUGGUGUUUGGGAAAGCAAAUAAGGCUAGUCUCGCGGCUGAAAUCUCUCCGGUCGUGUCGAAAUGCUAUCUUAUGGGAUUAUCAGAGUGAGGGAAAGAAUAAAGAAAGAAUACACACUUGCGUUCUAUAAUAAGACCUUCCGUUAACUGUUAUUUGGUAAGCCUACCUCGAGAACUACCGCCGUAGCCAAAAUUGGUUGGGAGUAUAUACGCUUGUUAUUUGUUUUAAUUAAGCUAGCAAACGAAGAGCGUAUAAAAUAUUUCACUUGUUUAACCUAUUAUUAUAUAAACAGUGUAGAAAGCUUUUUUUGUUUAUACUUACUUAUGUGUUAUACACUUGAAUGUUAUAUAAAUUACAAAUGAUAAUUAUUAAUAGUUUACGCUUUUAACAAAUUAAAAUAUUCAAAGUAUUUGCGGCGGUUUUUUUGGCAUUGUUGUGUAUGACUCUGUUUAGUGCAUUAUAUUGUUAAUAGGUUAUUGUUUUGUGCAAGCUCACCCGGGUAGAUACCACCCACUCAUCAGAUAUUCUACCGCAAAACAACAUUUGGUAUUGUUGUGUUCCGGUUUGAAGGGUGUGUGAGCUAGUGUAAUUAGCCAAGGGACAUAAAUGUCUUAGUCCCCAAGGUUGGAUGCGCAUUGGCGAUGUAAGCGAUGGUUUAAAUUUCUUACAAUGCUAAUGCCAAUUGGCGUUUAUGACCACUUAUCAUCAGGUGGCAGAUAUGCUCGUCCGCCUACCUAUUCAAUAAAAAAAAUAUAUGUAUUUUUUUAAGUAACUAAUUAUUACACUGUUCAUGUAUGAUGUAUUACUAAUAAAUUUAAUAUUUAUAAUAAUAUUAUACCCCUAGACUUUGAAGUGGUCCAUGUUGUUUUGUAUAUAGACAAAACAUCUCCAAUAGGCAUUGGUGACCACUUACCAUCAGGUGGCCCAUAUGCUCGUCUGCCUACCUAUACUACUAUAAAAAAAUUACUGUUUCAUUUAGAAAAUGUGAGUUCCUCAUUAAAUGAAAGACUAUUCACAAUAGAAAUAUAAUAAAACAAAAUAUAUAACUGAAACAGAAAUACAAAGCAGUUUUACAGUCACAGCUCGCUCAUUUUAAAGUUUGGAAUGUCGAAAAGUUAUUGAAUGGGAUAAAGCAACGAACUGGACAUAUUUGAUAAGCUCACGAAUAAAUGCUACGUACGUGAUUUUACAAUACACUAUACAUUUUGUUUACUAUUUAUACGAUUAUUUUGUAGAAAAAAAAACUGCGUUUUAUUAAAUUCAUUAUUUACACAUAUAAUUUACCUUACAUAAUGUAUGCUUAGCCUGAUAAUACACUUGUAUUUAAUAUAUAUAUAUAUUAAAUAAAUUGUUAUUGCAGAUAUAGCCCAGUGGAUUCCAAGUCAUGCGUAAUGUUUGUAUCUUAACCGUCUAGUCUGAAUUGAACCGUCUGAUAGUAUAUAAAAGUAUAAUUUUAAAUAAUUCGAUUUCAGUUUUAUAUAAUCUCUUACUUGUUAUUUGAAUUUGUUUUAUCCAUCAUGCACUGUACUAUCGUCUGCAUAGCAAUGUAUGUUCUCAAGAAACAGCAUAUCAUUGAUAUGCAAAAGAAAGAGUGUGGGAGAUAGCACAGAUCCCUGGGGGACCCCAGCAUUCACUACAUAGAAUUGUAAAGCGCAACCACUCAACUAAAACACGAAGGUUACGCUUGUGUAGGAAGCUGGCAAUCCAGGUGCAUAUCUGAGCAGGCAGACCAUAUGCCGGCAGCUUGGAGAGAAGACUUCUGUGCCAGACCCUGUCGAGGCUGACAGCCAACGAUUCUCCAUGCUUGUCGAUAGCUUCACCCCAGGGUGUGUUACGUACGCUAGAAGAUCACCUGUGGACCGUUUUGGUCGAAACCCGUACUGACGAUCAUUAAUUAGACAGUGAUCUUCCAGGUAAUGGAUCAGUUGGUUGUUUAGAAUCCGUUCCAUCACCUUACAAAGUACUGAGGUGAUAGCUAUUGGUCGAUAAUUUGCCGGGUCAGACCGAUCCCCUUUUUUGGGAACCGCUUGCACAUUAGCUCUUCUCCAAGCCUCCGACACACAUCCCGAAGAGAGAGAAAGUUGGAACACGCGCGUUAACACAGGAGACAGCUCCGUCGCGCACUUCUUCAGCACAAUGGCUGGUAUUCCAUCGGGACCGCUAACUUUCCGUAUAUCAAGUGAUUGCAAAUCCGCACGCACAUUACGUUGCCUGAUUUUGAUGUCAGGCAUCGUGUGGCCAAAUGAAGGUAUUGUUGGUGGCUGCGCACUACAAUCAUCGAUCACAGAGUUGUCGGCAAAGAGUUUAGCCAUGAGGUCGGCUUUCUCCUGCGGACUGUGAGCUAGCGAUCCGUCCGGAUUUCUGAGCGGUGGCAGCGAAGGUGAGUCAAUGUUAGAUGCCCCGCUAACGCAGCCGUUGAUCCACGCGCGAUAUGCCGCCUGCUUCGAUGAUAUAGCGUCGGCACAUUCACGAGUGAACCAACGAUUACUCGUACCCCUACUGAUGAGAUCUGAGCUAGAAAUGUAGUAUUCCAUUCCUAAUAUGAUCUCAUCAGCAACAACAGCGGCACUAGCUGUCGGGUCAUUCCCACUGAAGCAACGUUCCUUCCAAGGGACUGACUGUCUGAGGGCAUAGUAAUCGCAUACGGUAUCCAAUCUGCCGUAAGCCGUAGCGGUAUGCAAACGUGACGUUUGCAUACCGCUGAUGGCGGCAGCUUGGCCUGUGGCACUUUGGUAGAUAUAAGGCCGUGAUCCGAAGAACCAAGUGGAGCUUGAACCACAACCUGAUAUUCCACCGGGUGAGAAGUCAGCAGAAGAUCCAGUAGAGAAGGCGCUUGCCCAUCAAUGUCUGGGAUCCUGGUGGGCUGAUCAACCAGUUGGGUCAAGUCGUUUGUGAGAGCAAAAGCAUGAGCAGUUCUUCCGGCAUGGUCAGUAUUGAGGGAUUUCAACCAUGAUUCGUGGUGAGCAUUAAAAUCCCCCAAAAACACCAAUUCCGCGUUAGGAAACAGCUCUUGCGCAGCAUCUGCCACCCGACUAAGAUGGUCAAAUAAUCGGCUUGUCUCCAAGUCACCAUUAUGGGAUCUGUAGAGGCACACGUAGACUCGACUCUGACGAACCAGGUCCACACGUACCACCAACAUGGAGAAGGAGGGGUCCUCCAAGCAGCGCAGUCGGUGACAGCAAACAUCCGUCCUGACGAACAAGCAUACUCCGGCUUUCGCUUUGAAGGAUUAUUCAAGCGUGUAGCCGGGAUAAUUAAGGACAGCGUUGAGGUUAGCGUGGAGUCCACGGAUGUUAGAGAACUCGACCUCGAAACAGCGAGGGUAUGGUGGGGGUGUGCACCGCUGUACGGCCGUUAUUUCUGUUUUGUUGCGCUACCAUUUGGGAAAAAAAUGGAAAAGAGACGUGAAGCGAGCGACGUAUUGCCACGAUAGGGAUGGGCAAAGUGUGGAGGCGUGUUUCCCCAAGUGAUUUCUAAAAAGAAAAAUAUAUAGUGUGUUUCCCCUGUACUAUGCCACGGGCGGCCAACGGAACAGCCGUUUCUUCGGGUCUCCCUGUCCGGCAGGUCAAUACAGUUUCCACCGGCAUUGGUUCAACAGCCGUCUCCAUUGGACCAACACCCAUCGCGGCAAUACUCGCUCGGGCACUGGCUGUACGCUGGCUGACCUCGAAACGCGGCUGCAAGCCACUUCACGAGUUUUUCACCAUGCGUACGGUGGUAACAAGCCAUGCGGAUGUUUAACAUCCUACCACCAGAUGAGCAGAUGGUCGCUCAGAUAUCCCUUAGUCGCCUCUUACGACACCCAUGGGAACGAGAGAUUUGAGUGUAUUUCGAGUGUAUGUAUGGGCAGUAAAAUGCCCCUCUCGUUCCCAUGGGUGUCGUAAUUUAUUACAUAGUACAUCGUAUUCUAUGUAAAAAGAAAAUAUUAUAUUUUCAAGUUGUGAAAGGACUAAAGUUUUCUUGAUAAAAAAAAAACUCCGAGAGGGGAGUGUUAUGAAUGCGCGUUUGAAAUCUGAUUUGUUGACUUUAGGUAUAUGCACUCAACACCAAUGUGACAGUCACGGUACGCUCGGCAUAUGGAAUGAAUUUAUAAUUAAAGAAAAUUAAUAAAUAAAAAUGUUUGGUCGAUAAAAGAAAUAUGUUUUGUCAUUGUUAAUACACGUCACGCACUCACAGGGCGGAGAAGGGCAUCACCAUGAGAGAGCAUCCUUGCCUUGAAUUUUAAAUUUUCAAUUGUAUCAUAUUAAACCUCUAUUAAAUCGAUUUUUGUUGCGUCAAUUAGAUUGAAUUACAAUGUCAAAUAUGUUCAGACGAUUCAACUUGCUAGAUUCAAUGGAUUUAUAUCGACUCAUACGAAGAUAUUUUAAGGAAGUGCGAAAAGCUGUGUAAGCGAUAUUGAGUAUGUUGACAAUAAGAGUCCAUUGUGUUCUUUAAAAGGAAAGUCGAUCAAUGUACGUAGCUCACGUACAGGUACAAUGAGUUCACGCUGAAUUCCCUAAUUUGCACACACCAGCGGUUAAUAAUUAAUUUAUGUACUUUAUCAUCUUAAGAUAUUUAUUACUGUAAUUUUUUCAUUUAUGUACUUAGUAUUAGUUUGUAAAUAUUUGUAUGUUGCAAGUAAGUUCUCUUGUUAUACAAAAAUAUUUAUUUCUGCACAAUGUACACAGAUUAUGUAUUCAAAUCCCACUCAGGUUGCAUUGUACAAGUUUUUGAUUUUGAAGGUUUGAAACGAGGAAUGCUUGCAUAAUCCACAGAGUGGUUUUUUU